AGGAGCAGAGACUGCGGUGCGUAGGCAGCACUGGAGACCCGCGGUCGCAGCCGGAUCGAGGGAAUUUGGCGCCUACUUUUUGUACGUUGGGUGUUCUGGCCUGUGAUUGGGUGCGGUCUGCGGCUGCUCCGUUGACCUUGGCAGAACCCGGGAGAUUCGGUCCUCGACCGGCCUCCGGGGAAUGGGCCACCCGGAGUCCCCGCUGGCCCGGGUGCCCGCGGGAAAUGCGGUUUAUAUAAAGAGGUUAUGUAAAGAGAUCAGCUGGCGCGAACACGUUGAGAGCCACGGGUGCCGGAACGCCGGAUUCUGCCCCGCGCGCGGCGCUGCUACGUCCAGUGAAGCGGCAAGUUCCGGCACACGCCGGGCGCGGGCCACGGCCGCGCGCGCUGCACGGCUCCGAAGGCUGCCCAGCCCGGGCGCCCGGAAGUGGAGGGGCUCAGGCCAGAUCACAAUCCAGGCUCCCGCUCCUCCGCGUCCCGGGGCUGGACGGAGGGAUGAGGCAGGGGGGGCCCGGGCAGCGCCGUUGCUGCUCCCCCCACCGCCCGCAGCCAUGGAAACGGGGAAGGAGGACGGCGCCCGCAGAGGUACACAAAGCCACGAGCGGAAAAGGCGAAGCCCAGUGCCGCGGGCGCCCAGCGCGAAGCUGAGGCCGGCGGCUGCGGCCCAGGCCAUGGAUCCCGUGGCGGCCGAGGCCCCGGGCGAGGCCUGCCUGGCGCGGGGGCGGCCAGAAGGCGGCGGCGGGUCCGCGCCGCCGCGCUACAGCUUGUUGGCGGAGAUCGGGCGCGGCAGCUACGGCGUGGUUUACGAGGCAGUGGCCGGGCGCAGCGGGGCCCGGGUGGCGGUCAAGAAGAUUCGCUGCGACGCCCCAGAAAACGUGGAGCUGGCCCUGGCGGAAUUCUGGGCCCUGACUAGCCUCAAACGGCGCCACCAGAACGUGGUGCAGUUUGAGGAGUGUGUCCUGCAGCGAAACGGGCUAGCCCAGCGCAUGAGCCACGGCAACAAGAGCUCACAGCUUUACCUGCGCCUGGUAGAGACUUCGCUCAAAGAUUUAAGAUUCGAGAAUAUCGACUGGCAUGAGGCUGCCAACCAGCGUGAGCAUCACACAGACAAGUACGACGGCGAGGAGCUCAUCUUUCGAAGAGGCCAAUUGGUCUCUUUUUCACUGACCUUCAACCGACAUUUUGGACAUGAAGACAGUCUGAAGUUCAUAACCUCCACAGGGCCCUCCCCCUCAGAAUCGGCCAGGACGAAGGCUGUGUUUCCACUGUCCAGUGAGUCAAGUGGCAAUGGCUGGAAAGCGCAGCUCGUGCACCAGAGGAACAGUACUCUGACCAUCUCCAUCUCCAGUCCUGCCAAUGCCCCCAUAGGACGGUACACGUUGAACAUGCAGAUCUCUUCCCAUGGCAAUCAUGCUACCCUGAAACUGGGGACGUUUGUACUGCUCUUUAACCCCUGGUUGCAAGAGGAUGGUGUCUUUAUGAGUAACCCAGCUGAGAGAGAGGAGUAUGUUAUGGAAGAUUCUGGAGCUGUCUUUGUGGGAAGUACAAAUCGAAUUAACAUGGUUGGCUGGAACUUUGGACAGUUUGAAGGAGACAUCCUGAACAUUUGCCUCACUAUCCUGGAUAGUAGUCUGAAUUUCCACCGUGACUCUGCUACUGACGUGGCCCGCAGAGGUGACCCCAAAUACAUUGGUCGGGUGCUGAGUGCAAUGGUCAAUAGCAAUGAUGAGGGUGGCGUGCUACUCGGGAAUUGGAGUGGCAACUACAUAGGUGGCCGGGACCCCAGGAACUGGAACGGCAGCGUGGAGAUCCUCAAGGAAUGGAAGAAAUCUGGCUACAGGCCAGUCCGAUAUGGCCAGUGCUGGGUCUUCGCUGGGACCCUCAACACAGUGCUGCGGUGUUUGGGGAUUCCCGCCCGAGUGGUCACGAACUUCAACUCAGCUCAUGACACCGACAGAAACCUCAGCGUGGACGUGUACUACGACCCCAUGGGAAAUCCUCUGGACAAAGGCAGCGAUAGCGUAUGGAACUUCCACGUCUGGAAUGAAGCCUGGUUUGUGCGGAAUGACCUGGGCUCCUCCUACAGUGGAUGGCAGGUUCUGGACUCCACCCCCCAGGAGAAGAGCCAAGGGGUGUACCAGUGCGGCCCUGCUUCAGUUAGCGGUCUCCGAGAGGGUGACGUGCACCUGGACUUCGACAUGCCCUUCGUCUUUGCGGAGGUUAAUGCCGACCGCAUCACCUGGAUCUAUGAUGCCGACCGUAACAGCUCAAAGCAGAAUUCCUCGGACACUAACACCGUUGGCCGGUACAUCAGCACCAAGGCAGUAGGCAGCUACUCACGCAUGGACGUCACAGAGAAGUACAAGUACCCAGAAGGGUCCAGUCAGGAAAGAGAAGUGUUUAAGAAAGCACUGGGGAAACUGAAACCCAACCACACAUUUAACCCAACAUCUUCACCUGACGACACAAGAGAGGAACGGGAGCCCAGCAUCUCUGGGAUAUUCCAGGUCAUUGGCACACCGGAAGUGGGCAAAGAAGUCAACCUGGCCCUGAUGCUCAAAAAUCUGACGGAAGACAUGAAGACGGUGACGGUGAACAUGACCGCCUGGACCAUCGUCUACAAUGGCACACUUGUCCACGAGGUGUGGAAGGACUCCAUCACAGUGUCUCUGGACCCUGAAGAAGAAAUACAGUACCCGGUGAAGAUCACAUACGCUCAGUAUGAGAAGUACCUGAAGGCAGACAACAUGAUCCGGACCACGGCUGUGUGCCAGGCCCCUGAUGAGGCCGAGCUGGUGGUGGCGAGGGAUGUCAUCCUGGACAACCCCACCCUGAUCCUGGAGUUGAUGGACCAGGGCCAGGCCCAGGUGCGGCAACCCGUGAGUGUGCGGAUGGUGUUCUCCAACCCACUGGAUGAGCCGGUGAAGGACUGCGUGCUGAUGGUGGAGGGGAGCGGUCUGCUGCGGGGCAGCCUCAAGAUCGAUGUGCCAACCCUGCGCCCCAAGGAGCGUUCCCGGGUUCGUUUUGAGAUCCUGCCCACCCGGAGUGGCACCAAGCAGCUACUUGCCGACUUCUCCUGCAACAAGUUCCCUGCAAUCAAGGCCAUGCUGUCCAUCGACGUGGCAGAGUGAAGAGCCCAGGUGGCCCCAUAAAAACCUGGGUACCACGAAGCAAGCAGGGCUCACCUGUCCAGCCUGGGAAACCCACUCUGUCCCCCAAAGCUGCCUGGACAGGGAGGCCCAGCCUCCAGCACACCCUGUCCCUCACUCCCCCACUGGGCUGGCUCUGCUCUGGCCCGAGAUUUGCUCACUUUUGCACGUUCUCUGGCUGUUUCUCCCUGUGGCUGCCUGCUUCGUGAGCCCCAUGGCCCUGCCCAGCCCUCACGUCCAUCAGUGCAGCAGGAUGCGUGGCACCUGACCCAGCGACACUCUGAGUGGGCACAGGGAAGAAGACGGCCUGGACUGUUUGCUGAUCCCUAGCCUGCAGUUGGGACAUUCCUGCUCCUUCCUUGGGCCACAGAAAAGGGGAGGGUUAGCCAUAGAGUCUGUCAUGGUGCUCACAUCCUUACACUCAAAAUAAAGUUAAAAAGAGCACACUCACACAGCA